AUGAACUCUCUCAGAUACCUCCGGCCAGUCGCUUCGCGAUUGCAGGCCCCGACACUGCCCAGACUUGCGCGCGGGUUCGCCAGCAAGUCUUAUGAGUACAUCCAGGUUUCUCAGCCGAAGCCCGGUGUUGGACAGGUGACGUUGAACCGCCCCAAGGCCUUGAAUGCCCUCUGCACGCCGCUCAUCCACGAGCUCAAUGAUGCGCUGAGGGCAUUCAACCAGUCCGACGACACUUCCGUCAUCAUCCUCACGGGCUCCCAGAAGGCUUUCGCCGCCGGUGCCGACAUCAAGGAGAUGGCCCCGCUUACCUUUUCCGAGGCCUACACCAAGUCCUUUAUCGAGUCUUGGUCUCUUCUCACCACCGAAGUCAAGAAGCCCAUCAUCGCUGCCGUCUCGGGCCACGCCCUUGGCGGCGGCUGCGAGCUGUCGAUGAUGUGCGACAUUCUCUACUGCACCGAGACGGCCAACUUUGGCCAGCCCGAGAUUAAACUCGGCACCAUCCCCGGGGCGGGAGGCAGCCAGCGCCUGACCCGGGCCAUUGGAAAGUCCAAGGCCAUGGAGCUGAUCCUGACGGGCAAGUCCUUCACCGGAGCUGACGCCGAGAAGUGGGGCCUUGCGGCCAAGGCCUACCCGUCGUACGAGGUUCUCAUGGAGGAGACGCUCAAGACGGCCGAGACGAUCGCCGGGUACUCGAGGGUGGCCAUCAACGCAUGCAAGGAGGUUGUGAACAAGAGCCAAGACCUGCCCCUGCGGGACGGCGUCGAGUUUGAGCGGAGAGUGUUCCACAGCCUGUUUGGCAGCAACGACCAAAAGGUGGGCAUGAAGGCAUUUGCCGAGAAGAAGAAGGCCGAGUGGACUCACUCCUAA